AAAGAUCCAGACUACUUGAAGCUCUGGUUGGACAAUUUUGUUUCUAGUUAUGAACAGUUUCUGGAUGUGGACUUUGAAAAACUGCCCACUAGGGUGGAUGACAUUCCCCCUGGAAUAUCUCUGCUUCCUGAUAACAUUCUCCAGGUUUUGAGGCUCCAGCUGCUGCACUGUGUCCAGAAAUUAUCAGAAGGGUUGGAAGAGCCACAGCAAGCACUGACACUGCUCCUAGUCAAGUUCUUCAUCAUUCUUUGCCGAAAUUUAGAUAAUGUGGAAGAGAUUGGGACUUGUUCCUAUAUUAACCAUGUGAUUACAAUGACCACACUCUACAUUCAACAGCUAAAGACUAAAACAAAAGAGAAAGAAGUGGCAGAUCAAACAUCUAUAGAAGAGUUUGUGCGACACGCGCUGGCUUUUUGUGAAAGUCUUUAUGAUCCAUAUAGGAACUGGAGGCAAAGAAUUGCAGGGCGUAUUCUGAGCACAGUUGAAAAAAGUAGACAGAAAUACAAACCAGCUUUACUCACAGUGGAAUUUGUCCCUUUCUUUUACCAGUGUUUUCAAGAAAGUGAGCAUCUCAAAGAGAGCCUCAAAUGUUGUCUGUUACAUCUCUUUGGAGCUAUUGUGGCUGGUGGGCAGAGAAAUGCUCUUCAAGCCAUCUCUCCUGCCACCAUGGAAGUCUUGAUGCGUGUCCUGGCAGAUUAUGAUAUGUGGGAUAACAGAGAUCCAGAUGACGUGAGCAGGAAGGCUGAGUUGACAUUGAAGUGCCUGACGGAAGUGGUGCACAUUCUUCUCACUAGUAGUUCAGACCAGCGGCAAGUGGAAACCAGCACCAUACUGGAGAACUAUUUCAAGCUGCUGAACUCGGAUCAUGAGGCUUUGCCCAACUCAAGGUCCCGUCAGUGGGAAAGCAGGUUCAUUGCACUGCAGAUUCAAAUGCUGAAUGCAAUAACUGCUAUGUUGGACUGCACAGAUCGGCCUGUUCUGCAAGCCAUUUUCCUUAAUAGUAAUUGUUUUGAGCAUCUUAUUCGACUUCUACAGAAUUGCAAGGUAAACAAAAGAUUGUAAGAAAUAUAUUCAUAAUCUUUUGAACAUGUAUUUUAUUACAGUUUUAACAGAACCAUUUCAGUUAUAUUCUAGGAGAAAAUCUGAUUAUUAAAUUUAGUUCAAAGAGUGGAUCUAAUUUACUUCUACGGCGAUCUAGUUUUAAAUAGCUUUUCAGAGGAAUGUCUUGUCCUUAUAGCACCAGUAGCAGGGAAGAGUAUGAAUAAUAAAGUCUUCUCACAAAGGAUUCCUUCCUGAUAUAUCCUUUUUAUUUAACCGCAGCGCUAUAUGAAUUGAGACAACGUUAGAAUUGCACUACAGUUGUAGUGGGAAUUAUAUAGAUUGAAGCCUAGUUCAUCUAGAAGUCAUCCAGUUGGACAAAACAUGGAUAAUGGUGACAUGGGUAUUAAUAUUGGAGAAAAGAAGAAAGGAGAAGAAUACGUAGC